GAAGAAGAAGAAGAAGAAGAGUUUCGGUUUUGUUACGUCAUUAGGCUACUUCUUGUAUACAAGGGACUUUGUUGUUCCGCAAAUUAAACACAACUCCGUGUGCAUGAAAACACCCUCAUCGUUCUGUAUGAUCUUUUAAAUCAUGAAACGCAGACUGUUCACCAUAAUUGGGGUCACAACUGGGGCAGUUGGUGCGGUUGUAUUGGCCCCGGUGGCGCUCACCAUGGCUGGAUUCACCUCCGCUGGUAUAGCAGCAGGUUCUCUGGGUGCCAGCAUGAUGUCUUCAGCAGCCAUCGCCAAUGGUGGCGGUGUGGCUGCAGGAAGUCUAGUCGCUGUCCUCCAGUCUGCAGGUGCUGCUGGACUGACUGCAGGUGCGACAGCAGCUGUGGCAGCUGUGGGUGGAGCAGCAGGUGCUGUAAUAGGCGGAGCUGUAGAUUUGUUCUCUCGUUCCAAGAGGCGACCUUCAGAUGGAGAUGACGAUGACGAUGACGAUGGAGAUGACGAUGGGGAAGGGACAGAGAUGAAUUUGCUGGAGAACAAAGAGCUUAUGCCAAAAUAAGGACUUCUGUUAAUAACUGAUAACAAUGUAUUUGUGUGAGCACUUUGUAUUUGUAUGCAUGUCAAUUUUAUGCUUGUGCAAUUAAAAUUCCAGGGUAGCACCUUUCAGUAUGAAUGCAAGAAAUUGUAAUCAUUGUAAUUAAAAGGAUUUGUGUCCUUGAAUAUCAUACAGAAUUUGGAUUUGCCUUCUAUUUGAAGUUGGCCUUACUGAUUCUGUUACUUUCCUGUAAUACAUUAAAGCUGCUUUGAAACAAUCUAUAUUUUAUCAAGCACUACAGACUUGAUUAACUGUCAUUUGUGGUGUAUUUCUGUGCGCAUAUAGUAUGUGGCUAUUUCAAACUCAUUUGCUACUUGCCAUUUUCUCGCCUGCAAUACUGCAAUCCGGCCAGCACUCUCCAUUUCUAGUAAGUCAGACUUUUGUACAGCUUCUCUCAGCAAUGUUUCUCGUCUAAUAGCUGUUUUGUCCUUGUAAUUUGAACUACAUAAAUUGGUUGGUAGGCUACGCAGUAAGCAAACAACUGAUGAAUCAGACCAAUGUGAUCUAUCUGCCUCCCUCCGAUGUUUGUCUAAAGUUCCGCUCUGUUUGUGAUUUUGGUUUCCUUUCUUGAAAAGCCUCCUCCCACUGAGCUAUCAAGGCAAAUGAUCCAGAGUUUAGAACAAAUUAAAAAUAUCCAGUUUGUGUGCUUUAGCAGAGUCCAAGAUGGAUUCCUUACAUGGCAGUUUUCUUCCGUCCUCUCUAUAAUACAGCCAUCUGACCAGAAAGCAGGUUAUGUGACAGGACACACCCAAAAACAUGUAAACUCCAACCCUCACACAUAAGCAAGUCCAAGGCUGUUUUAGUUGACUUAGGAUGGACCCCUGUACAAUUAUCGCAGCUGGCGCAGGAGCAGUCGCAACAGUUGUUGCAGCUCCUUUGGUUCUAGGAGCGGCAGGUUUCACCGCAGGUGGAAUUGUUGCAGGUUCUUACGCCGCCUCUAUGAUGUCAGCUGCUGCUGUCGCUAACGGAGGAGGGAUCGCAGCUGGAUCCGCGGUGGCAGUUCUUCAAGCCGCUGGUAUGGCUGGAAUCCCUGUUGCAGCUCAGGCUGUCUUAGGUGCCAUCGGCGGCACUGUGGGUGUAGCUGUGGGUGGACCAUUGAUAUGCAGUGCAGGAGCCACAGGUGCUGUCGCAAGCGGAGGUAUCAUGGGCACUGUGGGAACUGCCGUGAGCUCAGUUGCCAGGUUAAUUGGCAACUGCACUGCGUAAAUGCCCCAAAAGGCCCUUCAGAAAAUUUAAGGAUUCAUAAAGAUAGACAUAGCAUUUAUCUAAUCUACAACCACAAACAUGGGCACUAUUAAACUGUUUUUAAUAUAAUAAUAAUCUUUCUCUUCUGCUGUAGAUUCUGUACUAAUCUAGCUUUCUACUUUAAACUUAAUGUUUAACUUAACGCACCGCACACAUUGUUUGCUCUUAUGAAAUAUUGCUUGUGAUGUCUGUAUAAAAGCAUCUGCUAAAUAGGUAAAUGUAAUCAUAACAAAAUUGACUUGGCUAACAUUGUACAUGAACUUUGUCCUUGGGGAAAAAUCUGUAACAUUAAGCUGUUUUAAUUAAGCUGUUUAACACUUAAAUGAUUUAAAUACAUUUUAUUAUGACUAA